AAGCGGCAGAGAACAGAAGAGGUCUCUGCUCAGAGCACGGGAGAGAGAGAGAGACAGACAGAAAGAGACAAAGCGCCUGCAAGCUGCCAUCCAUAUCCCACCCAGCAUGAAGACAGUGCCCGCUGCCUUAUUCCUGCUCUCCACCGUCGCUGCUUUUUGGAGCAUUUCUCAAGCCAGCGACAGUGACAACAGCUUGACGGACUGCUGCCUUAGAACAAGCCCAAAAAUAAUUCCAGUCAACGUUGUGAAAUCCUACGAGGUACAGACACCUGGGUAUGGAUGUAACAUUCACGCUGUAAUGUUCCGGACCAAGAGGAACAAAAUCCUCUGUUCCCCUCCAAAGAAGAAAUGGGUACUUAACCUGAUGGAAACCAUUGACAAUAAAAAGAAGCUGAAGAACCUGAAGAAACUGAAGAAAUCACGGGCAAAGAAAAACUGAGGAGAGACUGUGGCCUGGAGACUUCCUGGAUCUUCCUUCCGUUAAUCUGUUCUUCUACCAAAGUUGCCCACAUAUGUGAAUGCAGUGGAUCUUUCUCUGCUACGAUUCUCCCCUCUCCCCUCAAAGAGCCUUUCCUCCGGCUUAUGACCCACAGACCCCAUCAGGUUGGCCCAGAGCUCAUAAAGCCAGCACCUACCCCACGCUCAAGUGACAGUGAAUUAGAAACCAUACCAGUGAGUCCAAUAUUUGUCUGGGCUUGGAAAUUCACUCUGUGUCUGAACCCGGGAGUGUGUGAUGGGACAGUGUAGAGGGAGCUUCACUCUGUGUCUGACCCCGGGAGUGUGUGAUGGGACCGUGUAGAUGGAGCUUCACUCUGUGUAACCCCACUGUCCCUGUAAUAUCUCUCAUCUUUCAAGGCUUAUUCACUGCCACUUGAUUUUACACUGCUAUUUUCGGGUGGGUUCCAGGUGCUGUAUAAGCUCCUCUCUCUCCUGCCCCCACCACUCUAAUCCCCCUCGGAGAGGGGCCUGGGCUUGGACCGCCAACUGUGGACAGGGCACUGGUCCUAGUGAAAUGUGAAACCCCCCCCCCCACUUACCCAUUAGCUGCAUUCCUCACCUCUGCCUCCGCAAGGUGACACUUCAAGUGAGACAGAGGACUUGCCCCCUGGGAUAAUGUGAAUACCGAUUAAUGAAUGUUCCUUUAAUGCUGCAAUCGAUGCUGACUGGUGCUACUCAUUACAGGUGGGAGGGGUACAGCGGGCACAAGGGCUCCUUGUCCUUCCUAUCACCUGCCCUGGGACUUGGGCACUGGUGAAGUAUUUGCCCCUCUCUUCCGCACUCACGUGGGGAGCUUCUGUCGGCUGUAGGCCUGACCCUUUGCUCUCUGCAGGGCUUUUGGGUUUUUUUCUGGUUUUGUAAAUACCUGUGUUUCUAACUAUUCUCCCCCAGUGAACCACGAUGAGCUGGUCAGGCAGAUAGCUUCAGCACUUACAUUUUAUAUUCAGCUUCUGUAAUUUUUUAAAACUGAUUUUGUACCAUUCAGCACAAACACAAGGGAAUCUGCCGAUGUUGGAAAUCCAGAGCAACAUACACAAAAUGCUGGAGGAACUUAGCAAGUCAGGCAGCAUCUCUGUAGAAGAAUAAAAAGACAUUGUUUCGGGCUGCGAUCCUUCAUCAGGACUGGAGAGGAAGAGGGAAGAUGCCAGAAUAAGAAGGUGGGGGGAUGGGAAGGACUACAAGCUGCAGGUAAUAGAUGAGACCUGGUGAGGAGGUGGGGGAGGGGGAUGAAGUAAGAAGAAGUUAAAUUUGAGGUUUUUGCCUCAGGAGGUUCCUGUGAAGAAAUACUUCUCCGUGAUCCAUUGUGUCACGGGGAAGGACAUUGACUCCUGGGAUCGAAGGCCUGGUUCUUUGGAAUGUGGACGGUUUCUGGGAUCAUCCCAUUUCAUGCUGGAGGGACCUUAACUAAAGAGAUGUUGAUGCCUUUGAGGAGAGAACGAUUCCACUGGGGUGAUGCAAUUUGCACCAUGUUUAAUGGGGUUAAAUAUUGCAGAAUUUUGUUCAGUUUUAAUCUGUUCAGUAUGGGAGAGCUGCACGGGUUAUACAGCGAGGGUUCACUGGGUUAUACAGCGAGGGUUCACUGGGUUAUACAGUGAGGGUUCACUGGGUUAUACAGUGAGGGUUCACUGGGUUAUACAGCGAGGGUUCACUGGGUUAUACAGUGAGAGUAUGACAGUGUACACCUGUGGCUAAACAUCGACUGCUUUUGCCUUUCCAUAGAUACUGCUUGACCUGCGGAGUUCCUCCAGUACUUUGUGUUUGUUGUACCAUUCACCUCUUGUGUUUUGUUUUAUACUUCUGUACAAUUGUUUUAAAAGAAUUAAUUUUGUAUGGUUUUAUAAUGUGAAAAAUAAAAUUCCGUUGA